AAUGACACGUUUCAAUACUUGAUAUUUUCACUUUCUGAUACAAAUCUGUCUAAAUUGAACAAUUUAAACCACUAAUAGAACUUUCACGCAGAUAUGACGGGCUAUUAUUACUUGUAAGGUUCGGGGCUCAUCCAACAAGGUUAGGGGGCUCCGUCUCUAAUGGAAUCAGCAUGCAUGCCACGCGCCGCGCCUACUUACCAUGAGCGAUGCGGAACACAGGUCACAUGAAGAAUUUAAUUGUGUUCCAUUAUCAUAUUUAACUUCUUUUACGGUAAGUCAAAAGUGAAAACGGAAUGGGCGGCAGCGCUCAUCGUCAUUCGUCACCGGCGAUCGAUGGAGGCAACGUCUUUCGGAAGGAUACUCAGAAAUUUAAACCCUCAGAAUGGAAUUGUCCGCGCGCUGCGUAGCAGUAUUGUCGCUCUGCGUGUGUGUUUCUGCGAUUGUCGGCCCGGCUGGAAAUGGCACUAAAGCCAUUAAAACUGACACCUAUUUGGAUGCUUACUCCAAAUCGCGUAUCGAAGCUGAAAAGGCUAAAAAAGGAGUUAUUAUAGUCACUGCUAAGGACGGAGAGAAAAAGAUUUCCAAUCGUGAUGACAGUUUUUCCGGUUAUGAUUAUUCCCCAUCAUACAGUGAUAGCAGCUUUAGCUCUUCAUCAGGCUCAGGCUUUUCAGGACCUCCUUCAAAUAACUAUCUGCCGUCAAACCCUGUGAAGUUCGAAUCGGAGAUCACGUAUAACGCCCCAGCUAACAACUACGGACCUCCGCCGCAGAAGUAUGGUCCUCCGGCAAAUAGUUACGGGCCACCACCCCAGAGCUAUGGACCACCCACGCAGUCGUACGGUCCGCCUGCGCCCGUGUAUGGUCCCCCUAAACCCGUGUACGGACCCCCUCCGCAACCUUCGUGGCCCGGCGUGCCUUACACAGCGCCCGGCCUGGGAUUCCUCGACAAAUUGCAUUUGAAACUGGAUAUUUUGACGAUCGCAAAGCUGUUGCUGAAGUUGCUGAUCUUUAAGAAGAUUGUCACGAUGAUCGCCGUAGUGUGUAUGCUGCUCGUGAUUCCGAAGCUGCUUUCGUUCAAGAAACAUGGUGGCGCCAGCAACGAUGAAGACGAAAGGACCUUUGGAAAUAGCAAUUUCGUACAACUGACGUCAGCACAGCAGCUGCUGGAGCGCGCGAUAUCUGUGUACGGUCGGCAGGAGCCUGACUGCGGCGUUGUAUGUCGGCUCCGGAGGGUGGUGGACGACAUCUACGAGUUCCAGCCUUAUGUCAGUCAGCAGGAGCCCGACUGCGGCGUUGUAUGUCGGCUGCGGAGGGUGGUGGACGACAUCUAUGAGUUCCAGCCUUAUGAGCCCGACUGCGGCGUUGUGUGCCGGCUGUGGAGGGUGGUGGACAACAUCUACGAGUUCCAGCCUUAUGUCAGUCGGCAGGAGCCCGACUGCGGCAUUGUAUGCCGGCUCCGGAGGGUGGUGGACGACAUCUACGAGUUCCAGCCUUAUGUCAGUCGGCAGGAGCCCGACUGCGGCGUUGUAUGUCGGCUCCGGAGGGUGGUGGACGACAUCUACGAGUUCCAGCCUUAUGAGCCCGACUGCGGCGUUGUAUGCCGGCUGUGGAGGGUGGUGGACGACAUCUACGAGUUCCAGCCUUAUGUCAGGAGCCCGACUGCGGCGUUGUAUGUCGGCUCCGGAGGGUGGUGGACGAUAUCUACGAGUUCCAGCCUUAUGUCAGGUGAGUAA